CUGCCGACCUGGAAUCCAUGGCCCGUCUUAGAGUUUAAAGCUUCCCGUUUGCUCAACGCUAACAUUCGUACCUUUCUUUUUGAUGAUACCUUCGCGCCGCCAUGUAUCUAAAGUGGUCAUCCAGUGGCCGCGGCCACAACCUCGGAUCCCAAAGACGCUUCCUCUAAGUCGUAGCUUUUACGGAGCCGUUGCAGGCAAACGAAAUAACACCGGUGACGAUGCUUCACCACCCAGAUCAUUCAUAUAUGCUACCGAGACACCGUUGGCAGAGCAAUUAGACUCUCUUGGAGUGUACCGACGCGGUAUUGCGUGGGUCGGCGACAUGAGAAAACGAUGGAUCGCCGCAGAAGCUGCAAAAAAGGCUGCAGUAGAAGCUGCAAAAGAAUCUGUACCAGAAGCGGGGAAAGAGGUGGAUGUUGAACAAAAGGGACGUUGCAGAGCCACCCAUGGCCUGACACGACUUCGAAAGCUCGUUGCCGCAGUGUCUCCCGAAGAAAAAGAGAAGAUAUGGGAAACUAUUUUCGAUGCCGAGCGCGUGUUUCAAAUCAAAAAGGAGAAAACAGCCAAGCGUCGCCAGAUAUCCGAGGGGGUGCCAGAGUUGUUUGAUGAUCGGCCACCACAGGCGGCGAAGAUUGCACACGAGGCGCUCAAACUGUACGAAGAGAACAAGUUUACAGAGGCUGAGCGGCUCAGAUUAGAGGCCGAGCUUUCCUUGAUCCCAUUGCAUCGACCGAUCGGUCGGGGAAAGGUUGCUGUUGAAGCCGAGAAAGUCAAGAAAGCCAAGAAACGAGCUUUUGACAAGUCCGAGCUCACUAAGAUAUUGAAGAGCGGAGACAAAACCAGGAUACACGUGGUGAAUGAGAAGCUUUGCGACGACGUGCUCAAGUCCAUACCCUCCUCCCUUGAACGACACAAGGGCUGCGACAUUAUCGACCUGUAUCCCGGCACUGGCUUGUUUAGUCGAAAGCUCAACGAUCUGCUCCAGCCUAGAUCGCAUAUCCUACUUGAGCCUGAACCACAGAUCUACCAGGAGUUCCUCGAGCCGAUACUUCAGCGUCCAGGUUCGAGGCUUGUCCCAAAAUCAGGCCUCGUAUGGCAGGAAUUAAACACCGUCCUCACGCCCGAGUUUCUACCUCAUCAGGAGAUACACAAGCAGACUCUCGGUCAGGCCCCCACACGAAACGAUACCCUCCUCGUCGUUGCGAACCUUGGCUUCUAUCCAAACAGGUCAUAUAUGAACUUCAAGUCCAUCGUCUCCAUGGUGACGUUCCAGCUGAUCCAAGCCAUCAGAUUGCGCAACGUGUUCCAAAAGUAUGGUCUUGUUCGCAUGCUUUUAUGGCUUAGGCCGCCGGAACUUGAUAGUAUUUUGCCCAAAGAUUUGACCGGGCGUCGUCGCCCGGCUGCCGAGGCAGAGCUCGUCACGGAACAUAUUGCCGAGAUUUGUACCAGUGAAGAGAGGAUGGAGCGUCACCCCGGAUACAACCGCCAUGCAACAUUAGAAUUGCAUAGUUGUCGGCGGGUUUUGGACAGGAUGCGCAGAUUAGGACUAGAAUUACCCGAGGGGAGAGAAACCUCGAGGUUCAUGCGUCACGUCCUUGAAGCCGAAGCAGCCGGUCAAGAGCUUCCGAAGCUUGGUCUCAUUCCGGAUGAAAAGACUCCGCAUCAGAGUCCGGGAGAGAAAAGGGUCGAGGCUGAAGACCGCUCCAUCCAGGCGACUUGGAAUUUCGACAAGGGAAUUUCCGCCUGGGCAAAGACAAGGCAAGUACAUGGGUGGGAGUUGUCGAACAUCCGCCAGGAAGCGAAGGCCCUCUGGAUUGAUGUUCACGAGAAGCAGAAUCUUGCCAAGAGCGGAAAUUCCGACCCUGCAUUGUUAAAGGAGAUCGAGCGCUUGCAGGGCUUGUUUGACAAGAAGGCAAAAGAAUGGAACGAGAAGUUCGCACGCUUUUCGUAUGGGAGAAGCGGCAUGCACAAGGUAUCCGACGACUAUGACACUUUUCACUCGGACCCGCCACUAUUGAUGUGGGACCGCCGAGAGGUAGAGCCUUUUCUGGUGCGGCCGGAAGAGUUUUACCCCAACAUACCACUCUCGUUUGUCGACAUCCAGCCCAAGGCUGCUAACCCGAUGCUUUUGGAGAACGGUCCUGGCUCGAGCCGGCAUGGGGAUAACUUUGAUAUCAUGCUGAAGGCCUUGUUCCACCAGCGAAGCAAGCCCGUCGCAAAGCCCUUGUCGGAGAUGGCCCAUGGUGCCUUGGACGGCAUGAAUCUGGAAAGCAUAGAAAGCCUCAAAGACCCAAGGGUUGGCGGAGCAUUCAUGAAAGGCCACGACGAAGUGCGCCCCAUUAAGAUGAAUGAACGACAAUUUCUUGAUCUGUUGGUUGCAUGGAUGAGGUGGCCAUUCCGCCCGUCGUAUACUGAAUUGGUGACGAUGAGGCGGGGAGAUCCUCAAGAAGAUGAGGAUUGAUUGUAUCCUACAUGUCGGGUCCUGUACCCGUGUAACUACCGUGUAACUACCAAUGUAUAUUAACUAGACUAGCGAAAGUUGCUCCCAUUUGAUUUGAGUGGAUCAACGUGGAUUGGGGAUGGCUACCUAGAUGAGCGCCUGAGCCAAGGUACCUAGGUCGGGUACCUGCCUAGCAAGCACCACGUACCCACCCACCUACCUACCUAUCAAUCCUUUACAAAGGAAUCCUAACCAUCCCGCAUCUCUUUUUGGCACCUUGUCAUGUGCAUAUAUAGUCAG